AUGAGCAGUGGUGUGGCGGCAGUACACGGCGAGAAUUGUCGACAGCUGUAUUAUUUGGGUUGUUCGGAGAGUGCGGCACAUGGCGAGGGUAGAAUCGGAUUUGCGGGUGGUGAUAAAAGUGUUGAGAGGAGAUCGAGUGAUGAGAGACUGAUUGAUUUGGUGGAGAAUGCGCAGUUGGAGGGUCACUUACCGAUCAGGGCCGAUGACAAGCUCUCUAAGCAAGUGAUCGUCAACGUUUCCAAGCAUGGUCUCAAGAUAGUCGACUUAUCCAACGGGAACGUCUUGGAUCGCGUUGCUUUGUUGAGUAUCAUUCAGUGUGUGUCGUUCGAUGACGGUUUCAAUCACACCAAUGUCGUGUUUCUUGUACAAAAGCCACUAAGCGCCUUAAUGCAAUGCUAUCUGUUUCAGGCUCGUAAUGCCAAUGAUGCUGACUAUAUUUGUAAACAACUCAAAUCUGUUUUUAAUGCAGUUGUUCGACAAGUUUGA